GGAUGACACAUACGGAGGCCUUAGUUGCUGCCUCCCAUAUGUCCUGCCAUUCCCCACUUUCUAGUGUCUGGUAAAGUUCAGUUUCCCAUUGUGAUACAUAGGAAGGUGUUUGGGCCUCAUUUGGUGGGCGCGCUCAAUUGCAUGUAUAGGAGGGUGAUGAGGCUGGCACGUGGUCUAUCAGACAUACAGUGUUUCGUAGAAUGUGGGUUUUGCCCUAGCUGCCUCUGCGAUAGCGGGUUUUUUGUCCUUAAGUUGAAGGUAAUUUAAGUGAUCUUUGGUAGUUAGUGGGGCCAGGGUCUUCAAAUUAUCAAAGGUGCGGAAUGUGCCUGCAUGGAAUAGGUGGUAAUAACGUUGAGUCCCUGGGUGUCAUGCCCUGCGGGAAUGCUUUGUUGCGGAGGUGUGGUGUUAGGGGUGAUGUAGGGUGUGUGUGAGUGCGAGUGCAUAUUUAUCCGCCGUGGUGUCCCACAUCCUGAUUGAGUUCAGUAUGGCUGGGCAGUUAGUACGGAGCUCAGGUCGGUCGGCCCUAGGCACCCAUAUCCAGAACUGUGGGAGAUCAGUGCUUAUAAGGAGCAUUUCUAGGUCAACCCAUCUAUGAAUAUCUGGUGGCAAGUUCCAUUCUACAGUUUGCGCCAGUUGAGUUGAUAGGUAGUAUAGGUGGAGAUUGGGGAGUCCCAGACCUCCUCUACUCUUUGGAGUGUAUAAUGGGUGCUUUGAUACUCUGUGCCUCUUUCUGGCCCAAAUUAAGUUGUCUAUUGCUGUUUGUAGUGGUUUGAGGUCGCUUUUGGUUACUGCCACUGGCAGAGGAACAGGAGGCACGGAAGGAGGUUCAUCUUAAUGGUGUGUAGAUGGGUUUCUCAUGCCAUUUGUCUAAGUCUGCCUGUAAGGUAUGAAGCAGUCGUUGGUGGUUUUUGGUUAUAGGUCAGUGUGGUUUUGUGUAAGUCUGACACCUAGGUAUUUGAUGGGUUGUGUACUGAUUUUUAGGUCAGUCGUAUGUUGUAGCCAGUGAACGUCUGCGAUGCCCAGUGGCAUGCCAACUGACUUUUCUAGAUUUAUUUUGUAUCCCGACACCUGUCGAUACUUGUCCAGGAUGUGAGGUACUGAUUCUUUAGGUUCUGUGAUGGUGAGCAGUAUAUCAUCUGCAUAAACAGAAACUUUGAAUUUGUCGGACACUACCUGUAUUCCUUUUAUAUUCUCGUUCAUUCUGCCGAUCAUCUUAUUAAUCGUAUAUUAAAAUAAGUUUUAACUCCGAUCAUCUUAUUAAUCGUAUAAUAAAAUAACCUAUCGUAUAACGGCAUAGAGUAAGUAAAACAUGUAUAAUUUUAUAUGAAAAGGGACUGUUUUACUUGUGUUGCACAUUAUUUGGGGGAGGAGUGGGGUCGAUGCCUCUGGCAAAUAUAGACCUAAACCAACAUAACACCUCUAAAUUUUGGUGGUUGACUUACACUGGCAUAUAUUGUGCAUUUUUUUUUUCUUGAUUCCAGUAACCCAAAACUGGUUAUUUCUCCGACUCCACAGCCCUGUACGUUUAAUUUUUUUUGGGGGGAGGGGACUACAUUGAAAUCGAAAUCUAUCACUCUGUGACAUAUGUAUUCCAUAUACAGUUUCAGACUUUUAGGGCAGCUUCACCUGGUUCACAGUUGUUUAUCAUUCAUUUUUAGAAAUCAAAAUGGGAGAAAUUAAUACUUUCAGUGAUGCAGUUUUGUAAAAAAUCUGUAGUAAUUUCAUAUUUUACUAUAACAGUUGGCUGGAAGGAUUUUUAAUUAUUGCAUUUGUUUUCUUCACAGAGAAACAGAGUGUGGCAUGCAAGGAGAAAGUCAUGAAAGAGGAUCCAUCAAAGACAAAAAUUUGCUUUUAA